AAUGUAUAAACAGAUCUAUCGGUGGAAAUUUAGGUCACGUUAAGUGAGGUAUGUUUUAAAAGUACUUUGGCAGGGAACAGAUUAUUUGGAUGUAGUUAAAUGCAUGGUGGUAUGGCAAAUUUAUAAUCAUUUCGAAGCUUGAGAAUGAAAUUUAAGAUUUGAAGUAAUCAUAUUGGCAGUGGUUUUGGUGAGGAAAUGAUACUUAACCUGUCAGUGCUCAGUGAGUUGUAAAUAACUUUGGAGACCAGGAAAUAAAAAAAAGACAGAGUGCAUGCUGUACACAGAAACUUUACAAUGAUUGAGUCAUAAAUUUGAUCUAGUGGCAAUGCUGGGAGCCCCAUGUUGACUGGGCACAAUGACCCUAGCUGCAGUGACCUCAGGUCCUCUGGGAUCUGACCUGUGCUGCCACCUCCAGACUUCCUGUGAGGUGUGGAGCCCACUGCAGCGCCCCAGUCUGUUGCCACGGCAACAGAUUCUACUGGGGCAAAGGGGCCAUAAACGACAUGAACUUUUGAACUCAACGUGUACAGAGCAUUUAUUAUUAUUCUCAGGUAUCAGAAACUUUAUCACGGGUGUAUAUUAUUUGGCUGUUCAUCAGGCAUAGUAUCUUUGUCGGCUUGUACAAUAAUCGUUUUACCUCAUUCACCGACCAUGGACCUUACUGGGAAGGGAUUCUCGCCAGCGCACAACUACCUGCAGCAUGCGAGCGGCAUCGUUGCUGCGUAUGGCCUUGGCCAGACGCCGCUUACAACGGCCAUGUUCAAGGCGACAAGCCAUUCAAUCCCCAGCCCAGUUUACUCAGGGACGUUAACAUCUUCGCUUUCACCGUCCCAUACCUCGCAUACCUCAUUUAGCAACGGUCAUAACAUAACCUCGCUACAUCGCCAUGCAGAAAAACUUCAACAAUCAGAUUCUUCACCAAAACCUCAAAUUUACGCAAGUCCUGCUCCGGUCUUCAAUCGACAUAAAGAUUCAUUUCCAUACGGAAUCAGUGGCGUUUCCAUGCCAAAUUACAACUACCAUGGCGAUGUGUAUCAAUUCACUUCAAACGGGUAUCCACGAAAGUCUCGCACGUGCAGCUACUGUGGCAAGGUGUUUACACGAUCAACAACUAGACGCUACCAUGAAAAGCGUUGCCCAUUGUUGCGUGCAGCAGUCUCGAGCUACAUGGGCGAUGACAACAACCAAUCAGCUUCAGGGUCGACUACCUCCCAAUCAGGCAGUAGGGGAAUUGGCGAUAUUGUAACACAUUCUUACAAGGGCCAGGCGCAAAGCCUCGGUCCUUCUUUAUCAGGUAUGAACAGAUCAAAUGAGCCUCAGGAAUUACCUACCUCAGUGUUGGCGAAGUCCCCCCCUAGUGAAAGACGUUUAGGGGGUGACUCGUCUUUGUUAAGCGGGUAUCAGACUAGUGUUAUUGUUAAGCAGGAGCAUCAUGAGCUCGAAGCACUGGCAAAUAUGACUUCUAAUACCUCAAAGAGCAUGUCUGAAAGUGACGAUUCAGACAAUAGAAGACAUAGUAAGCUUGACACAAGUGUUAAGGUAUCGCCAGGAUACAGUGAUUCUAUGUUAAACUUGUCAAUGUCCAAAUCUCCACAUCAUUCUUCACCACGGAGUGAAAAUUUAUCGUCUCUUGGCGAGAGUUAUUUGCAGGGACGAUAUGGUGAACGAAUGAACGAUCGUCAGAAAAUGGACAACCAGACUCUACCUCCACAUUUGGCCUUUGCCCGGAACAGCUACAGUGUUGAUUUUGCAUGCGACGAAUCAGGAAAGGAGAAAAAAGAUGGCAUUAAGUCAGAGGAUUUCUCAUCGGUGAAUGGGCAGGAUGAAAAAAUUGACCAGAUGUCAGAUCUUGGGAGCGCAAUAGGAGAGUCUGAGUCUGUCACGUCUGAAAAACGAGAUGGAAAAGUGUACAGCAACCACAAGUGUGGUAUAUGUGGGAAAGGAUUUGAAAGUGCCGGCAAGUUGCAUCUGCACGAGCAGCUGCAUACCAAGUUCAAACCAUACGGGUGUAAGUUCUGUGGGCAGAAGUUCGCAAAGUCCGCUCAGCGUGUGGAGCAUGAGAAGAUGCAUAAUGGCACGACGGAAGAGGCAACACACAUCUGUGCUGUGUGCGGCACAUCAUUUACAAGAAAAUACAGCCUCAAGCUGCACAUGUGUCGCUGGCAUCAGGAUGGCCCCUGGCUCUGCAGGCAUUGUGGGAAGGCAUCAGAGACACAAAAGGAGCUUAAGACACACUUGUAUUCACACAAUCUGCCGAGACAGGAGAGGGAGUCUUUGAUGUACCUCCCUGAUGCGCCGCUGAACUAUGGAGCGAUGAACGUGGAGGAUUCAGGCGGCGAUGAAAAGGAUGGAGAGGAAAUAGAGGGCGAGGUAAGCACCUCUCAGGAACAGCCUGUCAAGGUUCCUAGCAUGCAAGAGAUGGAAAUGUGUAACGAAUGCGGGCGAGAUUUCCCAAAAGGCUACCUCAGGUAUCAUCUCAAGUCCCAUGAGGCUCAGAAACCUUAUUCCUGCCCCAUUUGUGCAAAGAGGUUUGGCUACAAGAACAACAUGAAAUCUCACAUCAAGCUUCAUACGGGUAUUAAGCCAUUUCAGUGUAAAGUCUGUGGGGCAAAGUUCACACGCGGUUCAACUCUCCGUAGGCACGCACGCAGGCAUGGCAUCAUCGCUGACUCUGUUUGGGACUUGUUCAUCAAACCCAACUAUAACAAGUCAGGCGAUGUAGGCAGUGGCGGCGCCACCACAAGAUCCAGCAAGCUGGAAUCACUAUCUACCUCAAGAAAUGACGCAGCCAACUCAUCAGGUGGUGGGUCAGGCUCCAGUGGGGUGGAGGGAGGGGACUCGAACUACCUCGCUACAACUCUCCCCUCCAACCCCUCCCACCGGAGUCUGUAUCCGCUGUAUGGAAGCCUAGGACAGUUACCUCACCUCGGCCUUUACUCCGGUCUAACAUCUACCUCGUACUUCACACAACACUUACCUCAGUCUUCUGUUUACGCAGCCUCUAGUCAGUUUCAGCCGCAGCAUGACGCGCUUAACCUCAGUUUGAACAAGGGGUCAAUGGAUCAGAGUGAUCAAUCUAGCUUCUCAAAUAUAUCAGCUGAACUCUCACGAUCUCGUUCUCGCUCUCUGAGCGGAUCCGACAAUCGCAGAAUAUUGCAUGGAGAGGGUUAUCGCCCGGUCGCCUCUAGCAUAGGAGUCCAGGUGAAUAUGUGUUGUCCGCCGUCGCUGCUGAAACAUGUGCCAUCACUCAGUGGAAUGUCCGCUAAGUCAGACGACAACAAUACGGGUACUUCAGCGAGCCCUUCAGAGACGCUUACACCAACACAGCACCUGCCGGGUUCACCGGGUGCAGGAAUGGAAGUGGUGCCUUAUGUUGUGUCAUCACCUUCACAGCGGCUGGACACCGCCUCACCAGCGCUCUCAGGAUCAUCAGGGAAAGACUACUCUAUGGAGACAAUCUCUUCCCUGAUUAGUACGGGUCGGAUGUUCAAAUGCUUCCACUGCGAGUGCUACUUCUCAGAGUAUGCGAUGUAUCGAAUUCACUCAAAAUUGCACAUUAAUGAUGACACGAGGCCAUUUGUGUGUAUGGUGUGUGGGGAGGACUGCCACGACAGGGUUUACUUCGCCCUGCAUCUAGCGGAACAUCUACAAUAAAACUUCCGAAACAGUGUUAGAUGGUCGGAAGUCGAUAGAUUGAUAGACAAACAGUCUUAGAGCUGUGCAAAAAACUGGACCACGGAAACGUGAAUUAUUCUGUUUAAAAUUAAAAAAUUAAGUUAAUAAUGUACUCGAAAAUGUUUAUACCAAAAUAAGACUGUUUAUCAUGUUGAAAAAUGUUAUAAGUAAUGAAAAACAACACCUUGAAAUCUGUAUAAAAAAAUUUAUGAUGCAAUAAGAACAAAUUCCAUCUAUAAAGAAGAAACGGAACAAUAUUGAACAACACCUAGAAUAUAAGAUUUAAAUUCGGAGAUUUGUUAACAGAAUAAGUAACAUCAUUCUAUGUUUUAACAGAGCACAGUUCAACCAAUUCAGGGAGACAUAUAUAUAAUGUAAUAAUCAUUUUGGAUUAUAUAAGUGUGUAUUGUUUAGUGUGACAUUAGAUAUAUACUACUUUAUUAUGUUAUGUGAAGGAGCGGAGUACUGGAGUGGGUGGGGAUAAUUUACGUGGUAUCAGGAAUGACAUAUUUUUAGCUCAGUGUCUGACGGAUGACAAGUUAUGGUGGAAGAUGACCUCAAAAUUCUUGUUUGUAUGUUGUCAAAUAUUUAAUCAGGGUUAUUCAUAAUGUAUGAUGCAUAUUUAGGACAUUUUGUUUAGUUGUUUUUGACUCUGUUUUUGUCAUAUAUAUUAUUAAAGCAAUCAAGUUGCCAUAUUGAUGAAUGUUAUUGUUUUGAUUGAAACUUUUAACAUGUAUCAUUUUAUGUCAGAAGUGUUUUAGUAUAUAUUAUUAUGUAUAAAGAACAUUUUGACAAUUGUUACCUUAAUGUUUGGAAAUGUGUUGUAAAUUAAUACAUUUUAGGUUUCUGUUAAACCUUUAUGGAUUUGUUUUUUUCUAGAUUGAGUGAAUGUUUAAAAGAACUCACAGAUUUUAUGAGAAAUAGUGCUAAUAUUUUAAAUGAUUAUUUACAGUGCUACCUUCAUUAGAACUUUACUAUUAGAAGUGCUAAUUUGUUUUCCUUUUUUGGAAGGAUUUAUUUUAUCAGAAUCCUAAUUCUUGCAUUUAUAUUGAUGUCACAUUUAAGAGUGACAUUUAACAUGACAAAGUUUUAAAAAUUAACACAUUAAACUUGACAAAGUUUUAAAAAUUAACACAUUAAACUAUGUGUGAAGAUUUUAAAAAUGUAAAAAACUAAUAAAAACUUUCAAUAUGAAAAAUGUCAUUGAAAUAUGAAGAUUUAUCUAUUUUAAAACAUCUAACAAGUUUACAAACGAUUAUUUUUUCAAGUAAAUAUAGGACUUCAGGGAAGUGUUUUAAGUGAAAUAAUUUUACCUUUCGAUGAAAAGUUGUUAAUGCGAUUAAAAGGGACUCGCUCACAUUUUGCUUGCUGGAAACAGUAUUUUAACAGUUGUUGAAAUUGAGUUUUUUUUCUUACUUCUAUGAACAGUAACUGGUGGAUUCCUAAUUUGAAGGAAUUUUGUAAAUCCAAGCCAUUAAUUAUUCAAUUUUUCUUAAAUUAUUCAAAUUUCAAUAAUUUUUGGUAAAUUUUGUCACAUUUUUAAAAGAUGAGUCCUAAAAUAUAAUUUUUGUUUUCUGUCACCCUAUUAAUAUGAGCGAGUAUCUAUUGCUGCAUUAUCUUUUUUUAUGUUUAAGUCUUAAUAGAUCUUGGAUGUGCAUAAUAAUAACUGAUCUUUGUUCUUUUAAUGCUGAUCAAAUUGUUAAGAAUGUAUGAAGUGUGUAUGUGGAUUUUGACUUGCAUAAUAUCAACAAAUGUUUACGGUAAAGGUAAACUAACAGUAAAUUUUAUCUUGUAUUACAUAAAAAUAGAAUUGCAUUAUUCAUUAUGGAGAAUUAAUCCGAUAGCAUUAUUAUUAUUUUUUCUAAAUUAAAUGGCAAACCAUUGGCAAAAUGUUAAUUAUACCAAAAUUUGAAGACAUAUGAUCAUAAUUUUUUUAUGUUGUGGAAUAAUAACAUUAAAAGGGAAAUAAUCGAAUAUGAAAAUUUUUAAUAAUGACUUGGAAAGGGAGUUAACCCAAUUGAAAAACAUCAAUAUUAACAUCGAAAGGAUAACUCAGUAUAAAAUAUUCAAUAAUUACAUGGAAAGGGAAAUAACUUGGUAUUGGAUAUUCAAUAAUUACAUGGAAGGGGGAAUAACCCAACAUUUGAAUGUUUAAUCAGGCCAAAUUUUAUUCAAUUUUAAGCUAUAACAUGCUGUCUGACAUGUUGCAAAUAUUUUUGUCAACAUGGCAUUACAACAAUGGAGAGUCUAAUGCAGGGAAAUUUGUUAAUAUAUACAUCACCCAGGGGUGUACCUGUAGCAUUUUGUAUUGUGGGCCUGUUCACAUGAGCGAUUUAUUAAUAAGUCUUGCAUUGGUUUGUUCUCAACAUAUCACUCAAGGUGAGAGUGCGAAGGAUGUUCACUCCCAUUGGUGAUUUUUUAAAACCUGGUAUGAAAGAACCUUUUGCAAGACUUCUAACGCCAACAUAAGUGGAAUUACAACAAACUUUUACCACAAAAAUGUUACAUGUAUAUACAUCUCAUAGCUUUCUAUUUUUUUAAUUUCUAAUCUUGAGCUUUAAAUGUAUUGGAUUAUGCAAAGGUACGCCCCUGCCACUAUUUUACAGUUUACUUGGCAGCUAAAAAGAUAUUCAAAAUCAGGUUUCAAAUGCAUUCAACCAACAUUUAGCUCAUUUGACAUUCGGCAUAUUUUAACCCGCUUAGAAUCAGGAUUAUUUUUUGUGUGCUUGAAAGUUUAUUCUUCAUUAUUAAGUAUGUUUUAUUUUCUAUAGAUGUAGAAGUCUGUAUGUGAAUUACUAUACCAAAUUUUACUGUAGAUAAUGUGCUAGCAUUGAUAAUACGCAGAGAAAAAUAAGUGAGAAAAAAAUGGGUAAAAACGAAACUGAAACCAUUUAUUCCAAGUCUAUUAAAUAUGAUCUAAAGUAUGCAGGCAAAACGGUAUUUCUUUCAUAUUUUGGGGGUGAUAACUGCGUCCUAUCUAUUGUAAAGUUCGGUGUAAUGUGUUGCUUGUUCGAUGUUUAACCUAUAUCGCCAUUUUGUCAACAUUCUUGAGAGUUACAAUAUAUUAGCAAAUGCUUUUAAUUAGUAUAGGUAAAAUAAUACUAGAAAAGAUGCACUAUAGACCAAGAUAUGUUGAAAGUAUAUUCAAUUUGAUAAAAUAAGGUUAGAGUUCUCAAAUUUUUGAAUGGUAUUAUUUGUACAACUUGUUUUUCUCAACAACGAACAUUCAUGGUAAAAGUAAAAAGUGACCAUGAAAAAUAUGUCUAUUUUAAUUAACAUAAUUUUUUAUUUAAAGGCAUUCAGCAAACUUUUCUGGUUUAAAGUAUCUUUAAUACAAAUUUGAUUGGCUUCAAUUAUUAUUAUUAUUUUUUAUCUCGUCUGUGUUUGGAGGAAAAAUGGUUGGGGUAUAGUUAUUGUCUUGCAGAAGCUGGACCCUUAGCCGUUACUCAAUAACAUUCGAGAUAUUCAGCUGAAACUUGGUACUAAUGUUUCCAGGGACAAAUGUGCACAUGUAUGAAAGGCUGAUAACUCCGGCUUUUAAAACAUUAGUGAGUACUGUCCCUUGAUCAACUCAAAACAAAAAAAUGAAAAAUAAUCAGACAAGCGUAGUUUCACUCCAAUGCUCUCUUGUUUAGAAAAGCUUUUGCUGGUGUGUUUGUUAUUCUCAAGAAUGUUCACUGUGUAAAUAAUAUUCACAUGGCUCUGUUGUGUAAUGUUUUAAUGCUAGAUUAUGCUAUAAAAACAGAUCUACCUCACGGAACUGAUUUUUUAAAAUGUAACACCAUAUUUUCUCCCACUAUGUACGCCAUAUAUGUGCAUGCUAAAGUUAUUUAGUUGAAAUAUAUUAUUAAUGCCUUUUAGUUUUAUUUAAAUGCAAAAUCUGACCUCUGAUGAAAGAUUAUUGUUUGUUUUGUUUGCAACUUAUAAAAAAUUUUGUUUUAUGUUUUUCUUUUUCAUUACCUCAAAAAAUUAUUUAUAAAGGGAGGUUAGAGCUAUGUCCUCAGGGAUUGUAUAUUGUAUUGGUUACUUCCCUUUGAUGAAGUUGAACAAUUUGUGAUCUUGCUUAUGUAAUGACACAAACCUUUUGUUGAAAACAAGUAUGAUUUUGCCUGUAUUAAUUAGAUACUGACAUUUCUGGAUUUAUUCAGUUUAGAACACUAAGUUUAGUAUAACGCAGCGUAAAAUAACAGCUGCCUUUUAAAUCAUAAAAGAAAAUAUUGUUUUGUUAAUGACAUAUAUUAUCUAUUCUUAAAAAGUCUCCAUGGAAUUUAAUAAUUAUUAAGUAUUUGGAUACCAAUUCUAAAAUUUUCUUGUUUUUUUUUUAAUUGUGAGUUGUUUAUUAUUUGUGUAAUUUAAUGGGUAAUGUGAACAUUUAUACUUUUUUCUUAGAAAAUGAGAAAGAAGUUAAUUAAUAUGAUAUUGUUGAGAUGUAUUUUGGUAAUGGAGUUAUUUAUGAAACCAUUUCUUGUGUAAAAACAAACUUGUUUGAUUUAAGCUCAUUUGUCAGUGUUUUAUUAUGAUUCGUAUGUUAAUGUGUCGAUAUUAUUGUCUGUGACUUCAAACUUUUUAAGAUAGUUGGCCGAUUGUAUAGAAAAUUGCUAAAUAUUUAACGAAGAAAAUCGUUUUUAGAUUUUAGUGAUUUUUUGUGCAAUCUGCCCAGUAUUUCAUCCUUUUAGAAGGAGCAGAACAUUAGUGCCAUAUCUCGUUGUUUAAAGAACACCAAUUCCAAUAGUGCUCAAACCAUUCUUGGAUAGGUGGGAUUUAAACUUAGUUUCUAAACUUCUGUACUGUACUUCAUUUUUUAGGUAGAUUAAUUUUGUUAUUACUAUCGAUUUGUGUCUUUGACAUACAUGAUCAUGCUAUGUUACAUCAUGUUUUGUAUUAUAAUCUGAACUACACACAAAUAGGGGCGUCUUAAUACUUGAUUGAAACAAUUUUAGUGUGUCUGCUUGCGAAACUGAUUAUUCUUCAUUGUUCUCAUGUGUUCUGACUUGUUUUCUUUACUGGCACAGAAAGACAACUGAUUUCUUUGAAUUUUUGUUGCUAUCAAAAUUCUUUGGGCAAAGUAUAUGAAACUCAGACUUAUGUUAAAAAUGCAAACCAUAUAUUUUAGGGGGGUGACUGGUAGCAUUCGAUAGACACUUUCAAAAAAAAUUUACAAAUAAAGUGGGAUAUUUCCACAAAGUUCAUAAACGUAAGCUAUAUAUUUUAGGGGACGUUGUAAUAUAAUUAAGUUUCAUACACUUUGCCUAGCCGUUUUAACAGGAGUUAAAAAAUAUAAAUUGAAGGGGUUAAAUCUGAUGCAGUGGUUACAAUUAAUUGAAGGAUUGAGGCAAUCAUAGAUUGUAAUAAUUUGCUGGAAUGUUAUUAAUUACAUACAAAUGCCUUUUAAAGGCCGGGAGAUCUAGGCGAAAAAAAAUUCUUGUUUUGUUAUUUUUUUUUAGACAGUUCAAUACCGGUUAACCUAAUUGGAAUGAUACUAACAUGAAAUGUUAAUAUUGGUGAAUCUUUGUUUUAAUUAAAAUUGGGAGUGUGUUUGCGUAUAACACUGUUAACAUGGCUUUAAGCUGUACUUUUACACUUAUUAUUUUAUUUAUAUUCAAAUGUGUCUGUGGAUCCUGACUUAAUCUACUUUUUUGUAUCAGUCAGCAACAUUGAUAUUCUUUAUUGUUCGAUGUUAUCAUUUGAGCAACACUUGAUUGCUGGAUGUUAUGAGCUACAAUUUAUUGUUCGAUGUUAUCAUUUGAGCAACAAUUUAUUGCUGGAUGUUAUCAUUUUAGCUACAAUUUAUUGCUGGAUGUUAUCAUUUUAGCAACAAAUUAUUGCUGAAUGUUAUCAUUUGAGCAACAAAUCAUUGCUGGAUGUUAUCACUUGAGCAACAUAUUAUUGCUGGAUGUUAUCAUUUGAGCAACAAAUCAUUGCUGGAUGUUAUCAUUUGAGCAACAAAUCAUUGCGGAGUGUUAUCAUUUUGAGCAACAAACUAUUGCUGGACGUUAUCAUUUGAGCAACAAAUUAUUGCUGGCUGUUAUCAUUUUGAGCAACAAAUUAUUGCUGGAUGUUAUCAUUUGAGCAACAAAUCAUUGCUGGAUGUUAUCAUUUUGAGCAAAAAACUAUUGCUGGAUGUUAUCACUUGAGCAACAUAUUAUUGCUGGAUGUUAUCAUUUGAGCUACAAUUAUUGCUGGAUGUUAUCAUUUGAGCUACAAUUUAUUGCUGGAUGUUUUCAUUCUAGCAACAUAUUUUUGCUUGAUGUUAUCAUUUGAGUAACAAAUUAUUGCCAGAUGUUACCAUUUGAGCUACAACUUAUUGUGGGGUCUUUGCAUUUCAACAACAAUUUAUUACUGGAAGAUGCUAUUUGCGGAACAAUUUAUUGAUGGAUGUUAUCAUUUGAGGAAUAAUUUAUUGAUGGAUGUUAUCAUGACUCUUAUUAGUAAUGAUAUUGUAUUUAUUGCUUAAUGCUCAAUUUAGAUUUCUAUAAUAUUGAAUGUAUUCAGAUUGAGGUAACAGAAACAAACAGACCACCAACCCUGCUUGCUUCAAAAUACCUGCAUACAAAUGUCACAUGCGGUGGUAUUAAUUUUUAAAAGAACUGAAAAUAUAUGUCAGCCAUUCUUCCUUAAUGUUUGUACUUGAUGAAGCAAUUGAAGCAAAGAUUUAUUUUUUUUGUUGGUUAUUUUUUGUCAUGAAUUGUCUUCAUUUCUGUGGUGAAAUUUUAUUGUGUCAGGUUUUUUUUUAUAAAAUUUACAAAUUCUACAAAUGAAGUCUGGGUCCACAGGCACUCUUAAGUGUUUGGAGACUUGUUUGCAUAAUACAUUAUUUUCUCUUUUCAACUUAAAUUUUACUGUAGAUUGGUUUGAUUUUGAGAGGGUUUUAUUUUUUCCCGUAUAUUUUUAUUUUCAUCACAUAGUCAAUUUUGAACUUUGUUCAUUACGUAUUAAACUCCUACUAAGUAUAUGGAAUUGACUGAUGUCGGCCCGAAAUUUCUGUUUAAGAGUUUUGAGACUUUGAAAGAUCUAAAUUAAAAGAUAAUCAUAAUGAACUAUGUUUUAGCUUAUAAAGUCAAGCUUAAGCUAGCAAUUUGGCUAUUAGUAGUAAAUGAAAUAUGGUACUUAAAUCAGGUGUUACACUUAAAAUAUUUCAAAAAGUAGUGGCCAGGAAUACCAAAUUUUACAAAGAUGGUCAAAAUAGAACAAAAUGCGAAAAUAUGAACUUUCAAAGUGAAAGCAUUCUACAGCAUAUGUGUGUACUCUCAGGCGAUGAUAUAUAUGCGAUAAUGUAUCUGAUAAUGUCCGUCUAUAUGUAUGUGCUAUAACUAUAUUUAGUGUGUAGCUGUGUUUUUCUGUCAGGUUUAUCAUUUAAAUGCACCAAUCUUGUAUGUCAGUAGCUUUUUAGUCUGUAGAAAUUGAAAAAAUCACACACUCAGUAAAAACCCAAAAUUCAAAUAAACUGUUCUUCUUUUACAUAUUUUUUCAUCUCAGGAUCUUUUAAUUUCAUUUAUGUUUUGUUUUUUCAUGUAAAUAUUAUUUUUACCACACUCAGAAAAGAAGAAUAUUCAGUUAAUAUUGUUUUUGCAUUUUGCAUUUUUUCCAUGACAUUUUCAUAAAAUAUAAUAUCACAAAAAUGAUUCUUAAUAUUAUACUAUUGAAAUUAUUAUAUUUGUGCAUUAUUAAUUCUCUCAGAUUUUAAGUUUUAGUAUUUUAUCAAAUACCUCAGUGAAAAAUGUUACUCUACGCAGAUUUUUUUUCGGGAUAUUUUAUGAAUUCUUUUGCAAAAUAGGAUUACCUCUGGAAUAUGGCGUUUACCUCAAGGAAAACUGGGACUUUUGAAAACUAUAUGAGUUUUAGUUUAUUUUGAAUUGUUUAUUUGACCUUUUGAAUAUCAAUUUGAUCAGCCAUGCUGUUAAAUGUUUUUUCAUUCAAAGACAAUUCUUUACUAGUUCAAAAUUAUAUUUAUUAUCAAUGGCUGAAUUUGUCAUUAUCAAUGGCUGAAUUUGUCAUUAUCAAUGGCUGAAUUUGUCACAAUCGCUGCAAAAAAUAUAUUCACCUUUCCCUUUUGUUUUUUGGAUCUCUUUGUUUCAAAUCAGGUAAAUUGAUAAUAAUACCAUAUAAAUGUGCUCAAAAUGUGUCACUUUACCAUGUUUGUACAUUAAACUUCCUCAAUAUUUACAGUAACCUCACAUGAAAAAUCUAUUCAUACAGUGGUCAUAUUUGUUGUUUUAUUUUUUAUUCUCCUCCGCAAUUGUACAUAGGCAUAUUACCUCAAUAGUGUUUAAUGGAGUACAGCUCUUCUGUUUCACAUUUUUCACGUACCUCAGUCAUACACUGUAUGCUGUAUGUAUACACAAAUUUCUUGCUGCACAUAACUUCAUCCCAUUACUCUAUGUUUAAUAAAACGUCAUAUUA